AUGAUUCCUGGAUCCAGAAUCGACGGCGUUGCCUUAGUUGUUGGGUCAGGGCGUGGCAUUGGACAGCAGGCGGCUUUCUCUUUAGCCCAGGCCGGGGCAGAAGCCAUCGUAUUCGCGGACCUCGACGAGGAAAACGCAGUAUUGUCUGCCGAGGAGAGCAAACGCUUCGCAACAAAUCCAAAGUACAGAACUGCCACGGUCAAAGUUGAUGUGAGGGAGCCCACUGAGGUACAACACAUGGUUGACUUCGUUAUUCGCGAAUUUAGGCGACUUGACUAUGCCGUCAACUCUGCGGGAGUUGACAACGGAGUUCAUGUGCCUGUUGCGGAUACCGACAUUGACAAUUUCGACCGGGUGAUGAACAUUAACGCAAAGGGCAUGAUGCUUUGCCUCCGCGCAGAGACGGCCGCCAUGAGAAAGCAGGAAUCUAGAACAUACGCUGGGCGUACCGGGAACCGUGACAUUGGCCGAGGAGUAAUUGUGAACUGUGCUUCUGCGAAUUCCUUCGCCGGACUCCCCGGGAAAAUGUCAUACACGGUUUCCAAGCAUGCUGUGAUGGCGUUAACAAAAAUGACUGGACUUGAUCACGCAAGCGAAGGGAUACGCUGCAAUGCAGUCUGUCCGACUUGGGUUCGCACGCCGCUUCUCGACAUUGAGCUGGAGAAGAAUCCAGACGUCCGAAAUGCAAUUUCCGCCAUUGUGCCUAUCAAGCGCGCCGCGGAGUGCGAGGAGGUCUCUGAUGCUAUUGCUUUUCUUUGCAGCCCUGCCGCCAGCUAUAUCAACGGCACGAGCCUGGUCAUUGAUGCGGCUGUGACAACAACUGUCCGCUUGCAUUAA